AUGGCAAAAAUACUUGGAAGUCUUCCUUCCAAGUAUAACGCUCUGAUAACCGCUUGGGACAGCGUUGAUCCAACAAGGCAAUCGCUGGACAACCUAAGAUUUCGUCUUUUAAAAGAAGAAAGUCGCUUAACAACAAUAAAUGAAACAGCCAAUGCCUUGGCAGCUGUCAAAGUCAGCAAACCCAAGCAAUCUGUGCAGCGUGAAGAAAAUAAAAAAAGGAAGAGCGAUCAUAAAUCUACUACUGAAUGCUACUACUGUCACAAAAUUGGACAUUCAAUUAAAUAUUGUCGCAAGAGACUGCAGAAAAUCAAGGACAAUGAAUCCGAGUCUAAAGAUAAAAAACAGAAUACAAGUGCCUUUUAUGUGGAUUCUGAUUUUGACAAUUCUGACCGUAAGAAUCUAUGGUUUCUGGAUAGUGGCGCCUCCUGCCAUAUGACAUUUAAUAAGAACUGGUUUCAUGAAUUCGUGGAAACAAGCAAUAAUUUUAUAUCGCUCGCAGAUCAAGGUUUACAUGAGAUCAAAGGCAAGGGCACAAUUCUAAUCAAAAGAUUUGUCGACGGUGCCUGGCAUGAUGGCAGGCUUGAAAAUGUUCUUUAUGUGCCAACCAUGAAAAAGAAUUUAUUCUCUGUAGGAGCGUGUACCAGAAAGAAUUACACAGUGGUCUUCACUACUGAUCAUGUAAAAAUUAGCCUUAACGAUGACGUUCGAGCAGUGGGAAUGAUCCAGGACAACAAUCUUUAUAGGAUGCUUUUCAAA